GAUCAACGUUUACUUGCAUGAAUACGGGCCAUCCAGCUGGUGUGUUCCCGCGCACCCAGCCGGUCCUUUUCCCCUCCGAUGAACAAUUGUAUGUAGAUAAACAGACGGCUAUAACCCCGUCCAGCUGCGAUUUUCCCAUUCCCUCCACCUCAAGUUUGAAGCCACCAUGAUCUUGCCCGCGCUCCCGCUCCUCCAGCUGCUGCUGCUGCUUUCCGCCUUCCCAGCGGCCCUGGGACAAAAGGAUCCCCGGCCGCUCGUCGACUCCUCCAAGCUCCGGCGGCAGCUGACUCGCAGUGCGCUCCUCUCACACGCGCACAAGCUCAGCUCCUUCGCCUUCGCGCGCGGCGCGGGCGGCAACCGCGGCUUCGGCGGGCCGGGACACAACGCAACGAUCAACUACGUGCACGACCUCGUCGCCGCCACCGGCGCAUAUGACGUGUACCUGCAGCCGUUCGCGGAGCGGUACGCGGCGGCGAAUGGGUCCUUCGCUGUCGACGGCGAGGACGUGCUGUUCUAUCCAUCCCGCGGCUCGCCGAGGGCUCGAGGGAUGAAGGCGCUGCUGGCGCAAGUGCGAGGCGAGGGGUGUACUGCCGAUGAUUAUCCGCCCGAUGUUGAGGGGAAGAUCGUGCUGUUCAUGCGCGGGAAUUGCACGGUCACCCAGAAGAGCAACUUGGCGUUCCAGGCCGGCGCCGUGGGCUGUAUCAUCUACAACAGCGUCCCCGGCACCGUCCUCGAUGGCCGCCUCCUUUCUGUGCCCAACAUCGUGCCGACGGGGGCGAUCUCGCUUUCCGACGGCCUGGAGCUGAUUGAGCAACUGGCAGCGGGGGAGAAGCUGGUCGGCGAGCUGGAUAUCGACUCGUUCGCCGAGGACCGUGUCUCGUACAAUGUCAUCGCCCAGACUAAGAGCGGAGAUCCCAACAAGGUCGUCGUCGUAGGCGCGCAUUCGGAUUCGGUGCCGCUGGGCCCUGGCAUAAAUGAUAACGGAAGUGGAACGAUUGGUAUUUUGGAGCUGCUGCUUAAGUUGAAGGAUUUCAAACUCAAAAAUGCUGUACGGUUCUGCUGGUUCUCUGCCGAAGAAUUUGGCCUACUCGGCGCGCACCGCUACGUUGAGAACCUGACGCCAGAGGAAAAUCUCAAGAUUGCCAUGUACAUAAACUCCGACAUGAUCGGCUCUCCCAACUACGUACUUAGCGUAUACGACGGCGACGGCAGCGCCUUCAACCUUUCCGGGCCUGCCGGAAGCGCCGAGAUCGAGGACACGCUGACCUCAUACUUCACCUCAGUGGGGCGGCCCUCUGUCCCAACCGCGUUCACGGGGCGUAGCGACUACGGCCCGUUCCUGACUGCGAACAUCCCGUCGGGCGGGCUAUUCACCGGCGCCGAAGGCAUCAAGACGCGCGAAGAGGCGGCGCUCUUUGGCGGAAAGGCCGGCGAGCCGUAUGAUGCUAACUAUCACCAGCCUGGCGAUACCGUUAGGAAUCUGGACCUUGGAGCACUGGUGGAAAAUACUAAGGCCAUUGCGUGGCUGGUCGCGAAGUAUGGUAGGAGUCUGGAGGGAUUUCCGAGGAGGACGCUGCCGAGGGAGAGGGAUAGGUGGGCGGCGGCGGAGUGGACCGAGGGAACGCACGGGAAGUUCGCGAGCCAUGAUCACGCGGCUGAGGGCGGGUGUGGGGAUGGUCUCUAUUAGGUGCCUAUUUAGGUACGUAGUGGACAUGUGAACGGUUAUGUAGACUCUAUGUAGAGAACGAAGUGUUUGUAAAACUCCGA